AUGCGAAUUCAGAGGGACAUUGCCAUUAAUAUUACUAUCGAUCAGCUUGUAUGGCCUGCAUUGGAAUUAUCAACUGCCUUUUUCGGAAAGGACUAUUCAGCACAACGAUUAUCUCAAGUAGACAAUGUGCUCAUCAUGGGAUAUAAACGACUUGUUGUGGAUCUGUAUUGGGAUCCGGUAGAUUCAGACUGGCAGCUAUGUCCAUUGAGCAUCAAGCAUAAUGCGACAGCGACCACACCUACUGCCACGGGCGAUGUAUCUUUACCGAAUGGAUACAUUUGUGCUUCGAAAUUUAAGUUUAGCAACCUGCUGGAAACUGUCAACGAUUACCUGGUAUCAACCGAAGUGACUCGAUCACCAUUCAAGACAGACCUUAUCUUUCUUGUACUGAAUCUGCACGACCUCUCUACCAAUGUCACAGCGACAACGGCCAGAACGGAUUCCAAUCUCGGCCAAAUUAUUCAGCAAUCCAUUACACCCAGCACAGAGCUUUUGCCUCGCAUCUACACGCCUUCCAACUUGACAGUGGACAGAAUCAACACCAGUGCCUCGUUUUAUGCGCAUGGACGAGAGCCUUAUUUCCCCAUCAUCAAACAGAAUGCAGCACAAGUGUCUUGGCCACAAUGGCUGUAUCUGAUCCAAGAAAAAGUACAACUGAUGGUUGGUUAUGGCACCAUUGUCAGCAGUGAAAACUCCACAUUUCGGCUCACCAUGUAUGAUAACAACACCAUCUUCAGUUCAGAUAGUGUGGGUGGCUUGAUGAAUGCAACGGAGACAACGUGUGUAAAUGAUGGUCCUUGGGCUUUUGUAGACGAUGAGCAAAAGCCAUUCACGUAUGAAAACGCUUUACAUUUGACUGAAUGUGGCUAUUCACCUUAUUUUACGCAACACAACUAUUCAGAUCCAUUCACAAUCUACUCAGCAGUGGACAGUGGACACUUGGCUGAUAAUGUACUGUCCACAAUUUGGUCCUGGGACGUCAACGAGCCAGCAGGCAGUGAAGUGCUUCGAUGUGCUGCCAUCAAAAAGAGCAACGGACGAUGGGAGGCAAGCGAUUGUGCCGAUCAAUACCGUGCAGCAUGUAGACAAGCUGAUAAUCCCAGUGAUUGGGUCUUGACCAAGAACACACUGACCUAUGAUCGAGCCCUGUUAGCUUGCCCUGAAAGCUACAUCUUUGAUGUACCUCGCGUACCACGACAGAAUACCAUCUUGAGAAACCUCAUGGUAGCUGAGAAUAUCACAGAGGAGAAAGUGUGGAUCAAUUUGAAUUUGGCUUACAAUUUGCAUGCUUGUUGGGUGAUUGGAAGAUAUGGAUCAUGCUGGUGGUCGAGUGGUUCUGACGAGGAGUAUCUCGGUCUGAUACGAACAUCCAUUGUAGGCGGCGUGAUUGUGCUGAUCCUAGUAGGAUUCUUCACUUGGGUAAGAUGUGCUCGUCUGUGGAGAAAUAGAAAUUCAAAGUCCCGUAAGGCCAUGGUGAAAGCGAUGUUGGCUCGACGAGAAUAUGUUACAGUGCCUGCAUAA